ACGGCGGACUUUGACGAGAACAGCGCUUAUUGACUUUGAUUUCGGGUCUUGUACUUUGAGCAUCUAUGACUAACAAUUGCAAUGAAUCUUUGACAGUGAAGGACGGAGAUCCGAUCCCCUCCACGAUGAUGUUCUCCUCCGGUGUGGUGGGCAACAUCGUGGCGCUGGUCCUGCUGGAGGUGCGGCGCGGGAAGGCCAGCCCGUCCCUGUACCUCAUCCUGGUGACUGCGCUCCUCCUGACGGACCUGCUGGGCUCCAUCUCCGUCAGCCCCGUUGUGCUGACUGCUUAUGCUCGGGAGAAAACUCUGUUGGGAAUGAGCGCAAAAAAGGAGCUGUGCUCCUACUUUGGCUUCACCAUGACCUUCCUGAGCCUCUCCACGCUGGCCAUCCUGUGCGCACUUGCGCUCGAGCGCUACUUUUCCAUCGGUCACCCUUACUUUUACGAGAGGCACAUGAGCAAACGCUUUGGUUAUAUCACUCUUCCUCUCAUUUUCUUGGGUAGCAUCACUUUCUGCGUCGCGCCUUUGUUUGGUUUUGGUGAAUACGUGCAGUACUGCCCGGGGACCUGGUGCUUCCUGGAUAUGAACCGCAAGAAAAGGAAGGAUCAAAUUUACUCUGGGUUUUACGUGUCGAUCAUCCUCAUCAUGAUCUUCAUCACGUUGUUGUGCAACAUUUCAGUCAUUACCCACCUGGUGAGGAUGUACAGGAGGCGCAAAGUGCGCCGGAGAGGAGUGUCGGCGCACUCCCGGUACCGUCGGUCUUUGUCCAUGACGGAGGAAGUGGAGCAUCUCCUGCCGCUGGCCGUCAUCACUGUGGUCUACAUCUGCUGCACCUUCCCCAUAGUGGUAAGAGCU